AUGUCCACAGAACGAUGUCACAAAAAAGUUCGUUUUUCGUGUGAUGUAGAAUUCAUAAGUACCUUUGCCAAUGAAGAAUAUGACCGUACAGCACAAGAGGUAGCCAAACUAUCCUACACAGACAUGUACGAACUACUCACGCUCAAGGCAGAAUGGAGACGAGAAACAGAACAAGUUGAGAAACAGCUAACCAAACCAGCUCCCGAACAGCAAAAACCUUGUGUAAUUUCACAAACUGCCUGUGAGAUCUGCAUCUAA